AUGACAACAAUAACUUCAAGUCCUGAUUCAACCGGAGGCCCUUCAUCUCUACCUCCUACUAACCCACCAAAGCUAACAACAUGGGAAGCUUUUCAGGGUAGAUUUGCAAGGGUGCCAUGUCAACGAAAAGCACUCUUAUUCGGUUUGGUUGGUGGUUCUGCAAUAGGUGGUUUAAGACUGGUAUCAACUAAACGAUUGAAAACAGAAGACUUGACAAAAAAACGAGACUUACAAAUACUUGUUGGCGCAUACCUUCAUUCCUACAUCAUAUUAUCGCCGAAUUCGGUUAUAUGUACACAUGCUUGUAUGAAGGCAAUCAAUCGAAAUCAUCUCUGGGAAAUAAAAAAGUCAGAAGAUCGAUUUAAGAUUGUGGGAGAUCCUUUUAAACGAAAGAAGUCGAAAAAGAUGGAUAUCUCAAACUUGAAACAAUUUAGUGGAAUUGACGCAUUGUUUUUAUGGAACAGUAGACUGAAAAAACGGUAUAGAUGGAAAUUGGAAGAGGCUUCUUCCAACUCAGUACCACAAUAA